AUGUCAUUUAAGAGGCCGAAUGAGAAUGACAUUACGGUCACGGACGCCGUUCGGGUCGAUGUGCGGCUGUCUGUGCCAUGGCGACUCCGCCCCGGCCAAUACAUCUAUCUCUGUAUCCUACGGGCAGGUCUCACUUCUUUCGCCCAGAUGCACCCCUUCUAUGUAGCAUGGGGAUACCGUGAUGAGGACGGACACGACCACGCAGUACUGAUCGUUGAGAAACAGGAUGGGUUCACAAAAAAGAUCGUUGCGCAUGCUCACGCCGCCGAGGCCUUCUCCGACUGCCCGAAAUUGAAGGCUCUCAUAGGGGGACCAUAUGGACAGGAAAUGGGAUUGGGCUUCUUCGGGACUGUCAUCUUAUUCGCGACUGGAAUUGGCAUAGCUGCACAGCUCCCAUACAUCUCCGAAUUGCUCAGAGAUUAUUCAAAUAAUGAGACGAGGAGGAUCGCCUUGUUCUGGCAGGUCGAGUCGGAGGCGUGGGUCGCCGAUCAUAUGCAAGAACUGUUGUCGCAAGAUGUGAACAGGAUUCUGGACAUCCACCUGUUCGUGGUAGGUGGCUUUCUUUCUCGGAACACCCGGCGAGGAGAUAUCGUCUCGCGUGGCGAGCGAAUAGACGUGACAUACAGCGCAAUGGACGCAAAAGAAAUCAUUGGAGCUGAAAUGAACGGACGAAAAGGUCGCGUUGUUAUUUCAUUAUGCGUAAAGGAUGAGAUAAACAGGGAAAUCCGGAGGGCCGUCCGGCAGCGGCCUGAAAGUAGUUUCCAUAUCAAGGAGAUACCAUUUCAACCGAUGGAUAGGAAAGGAUAUGAGGAUGUCUUGACGGCACUGCUCAAACUUGCCAGACUUCUCUUUGUGAGAUAG